CUUGUCUUGGGGGUGUUGAGGGCGUCGCGACGAGUUUCAACGUUAGACUUGUAUAGCUUCAAAGAACCUCCCAGCGGCAGAGGCCUUCUGCGCGCCGCUCGCGCGUUGUAGUACUUAGUUUUCAGCUUCUCAAGCUACUCCGCAGCGAGGAUUUAGGCGCGACGCGCGACGGGCCGGACGUGUUGAGGGGCCUCCGCACUCGCGCCGGGAGCCUCGCGAACGGCCAAGCGCGCCGCGUCUGCUCAGGACGGCGGCCGCGCCGCGACGAUAGCUCGGCGAGGAGAUUAACAGGUAAUUCCACUCCCCGCAAGAUGCGCGCGCUCGUCCUCCUCGCCCUCGCGGCAGCGGCGGCGGACGUGACCGUGGGCACCGACGACGCGCCCACGGCCGUGAAAACCGCAACCAAGCUCCGCGCGGCCCUCGCGAAGGGCGACCCGGUCAUCGAACUCUGGGACGACGUCCUGCUUGACGGCGCGCCCGCCGUCGCGACACACGACGCGGUCAUCGAGGGCAACAAUUACAUGAUCUAUCAGACGACCGGCGCGCGCCACUUCGUGUCCAACGGCACGCGCCUCGAGCUCAUGGAGGCCAAUCUUGCGAAUUCGUAUGCAAAGCUUGGACGUGACGACGAGGCCCUACGCCUGCGACGAGAUGGCUACACCAGACGCUUAGAGCGCCAUGGUGAAGAAAAUCGAUCAACCCUCAUUUCAGCCAUCAACCUUGCGUCGUCCCUUCUUCGCCUAGAGCGCGACCAAGAAGCCAAGACGUUGUUGCGAAGAACCAUACUCGUGGCGCGUCGCGCUUUCGGAGAAGUCGAUAUGCUCACGCUCAAAUUGCGGUGGACUUACGCGGUGGCGCUCUAUAGGGACGUCAAUCGCGCCACGCUCGACGAUCUCCGUGAGGCCGUGGCGAUGCUCGAGGAGCUGGAACGGACAUCCCGGCGCGUCCUAGGCGGCGCGCAUCCGAUGGUAGGGGCGAUUGAGACGUGCUUGCAAGACGUGCGACCCUUGCUCCGCGCCCACGAGGCGCUGUCGCCGCCGGCCCGGGGUGCCUAGAACUGGAAAUGGAUACGGUCUUAUAUAGGAUGGAUGGAUAAGUUCACCAUACUAACUAGAUAUCACACG